GAUUUUGCCAGCCAUACAUCACAAAGUGGUUCUCUCAGUGAGGAUGUGCAAAAGUCACCUAUGCCGACAGAAUCGCGAGGAUCAAUUACGCAAAUUGCGACUGAUAGAAAACAGAGUACUACAAGUGCGGGCAGUGCGGAGCAGUGGAGAAAAAGUGUAACAAGUGAACAAGAUAAUUUCGCACCUUUUGACCGAGAACAUCGAGCACCGGAAGCCGUCAAGUACCCAGAUUCCGAGCCUGUAUUCCAGCAUCAUCCUGAAUACAACCAGUACUCCUAUGAUUUUAAUCAGGCGCAACAAUACACUUAUCAGGCGCAAGCUGAGAAUUAUGGAUACGGUAGCAGAGACUAUCAAGCUUACGGUCAACAGGAACAUGAAACAGUACCCACAAGUUACCAAGAUUAUAGUCAGCCUGCGUACACCACCAGUUAUCAGGGCUAUAAUCAACAAACAGACUAUGGUCAUGGAGUGAACGUCGCCUCGGAUAGCGCUGGGCAACAAGGAUCAGCUCAGACCUACGGUGAGCAGCCAGGAACAGUAUUCGUCCCCAAUAUGUCACAGUAUGGCCAAGCAAAUAACUACGACCAGGCUGCCGCCGGUUACAGUGCCUAUCAACCCCAGUAUACGCCAUCAGCGAGCGACCAGUAUUACGCAAGUCAGUCGGUCACAGAGCCGUAUACAGCUCCGCCUCGGCCAUUGCCGCCAACACCAUCUUCUUCUCACCACGUUGCUCCACCAGCGCGACCACCAGCACCACCUUCGCCACAACCGGUGCGUGCUGCUGGGCCAUCAAUUCAACAGCAGCCUGAAGUGAUGGCGGCGCAAACGGAAGAAGAUGCCUGGACGCAGUUCAAAAGAUUAACAGAGAAGGCGUCAAUAGCCGUAAAAUCGACUGAAGAAAAGCUGAAGGAAUUGAGCGAAACGACCGCUGCUAAAGAUAUCAAGGAUGAAAGCUAUCUCGCGCAAAUAGGCGGCUCGCAAGCUUACGUACCCGAAGAAGCUUUCAAGCAAGUGCGUGAACAGCAGCCCGUGAUUUCGUUAGGAAAAACUAAAAAGAAAGAAAAACCAACAAAACCAAAGAAAGUUCUGGAACCCGAAUUAACAGCAGCACAGGAAGAUGAUAUGGACAGGGCCGCUAUGGAGCUGGCCAUGAAAAUGGCCUCAACAAGGAUUGAUUUACAGGACUGGAAGCCCCCGUCUGCGAAGCAAGAUAAUGUGCUUUCCCAGCCGCAGCUAUCCGGAGCAUCCACUGAAGCGUGA